AUGAACCAACAGCAGCAGCAGCAACAUCAACAACAAGCAUCGGAACGCUUGACACCUUUAAACAAUCAUCAGCAGCAGAGCUCGUCCGGCAUCGGCCAUCACCAGCAUCAGCAACAACAGCAGCAACAUCAUCAAGAGGAUCGGGGUGUCAAGAGGAAAGUAGAAGACAUGCUCGGUAAUGCCGAAAACGCCCCGGAUGCGCUGGUGCAUACUCCCAGCGCAUACACACUACAAAUACGACUCGACCUAACGAAUAAACGCAAAAAUCCGCGGCAACGUCUCCAGUGCAAACGACGUUUAAGGGGUGAGCGACGCCCACGUCAAUCAAUGGGGACGCCCGCGGUAGAAUUGGUAUUCUCGACAAGGAACAAUUCACAACAGGCACAGAUUACAACUACAGCAACAGAGGAACACGAGCAAUUACCCGAAUACAUCGGACACAAAUACACGCACAGCAAUUGGUAA